UCCAAAAUGGCACUAAAAUGGGGAAUAUGCAGUACUGGAAAAAUAUGCAGUGAUUUCUGUUCAGCAUUAAAAACCCUGCCAUCAGAGAACCACCAGGCGGUAUGGAGUCGCUGUUUUCCACUGUAUCACAGAAUCAAAGAAGAAAUAAUUUCCAAGAAUAUAGGGGAAGCUCAGAUGGUGUCAGCAAAAUUCUUCUUAAAUUUUGACUAUUGUGAACGCAUAAAAACACAAAUACGUGCUGGGAUGUUGCUGGAUGCGGGUAUUUACACUGUUCAAUUCGCAUGUUUGGUGUAUGGCGAAUAUCCUGUAUCUGUUAAAGCAGUUGGGGAGGUUGUUAAAAGUGGUAAGUAA